AUGCCGAGUAAUUCCUGCCCUCAUUCGCUCUAUAUCGAUAGAGAUAUUAUCAAUUAUGUUGAUCGAUUGCCUACGGUUGGAUGCGGUUACGUUGGUUGCGAUAUCAACAGUGCUAAACAUUGUCAACGACAUGCUGAGGAAGUAGGGCAUGCUAUAUUUCUCCAUCUACCAACUAAGAGGUCAUGGUGUUUCCAUUGCCACUGUGAAGUCACUUCCAUUUUUGAACAAGAAGAAAUGGAUGCAGAUGAAGAAGGCGAUAGUGAUGUCAGCUAUGAUGAUAACGAUAUUGAUGACGAUUCAAUGGAUUAUGACCCUCCGGUUAACUAUUCGCAUAGACCCAAGCAACCGCCUUUAAUCGUUGAAGACAAGACUUUAGAUAAUAUAUCUCAGAGUUCAAAGUCAUCAGAAAGUCUUGAUGAUAUCGGCCAACUAAAGCCAAGAGGCUUAUGUGGGCUAUCUAAUCUUGGCAAUACAUGCUACAUAAGUGCAGCAUUACAGGCAAUGUCAAAUUGCGUACCUUUGACGCAGUACUGCUUAGAAUGCGAAAAAUAUAUUGCCAGAAUUCCAGUUGACUCAAUUGCUAAACGCUAUUGUAAGCUUAUUCAAGAUAUGUGGAGCAAGAAAAGAAACGAUUAUGUUACACCAACUGAAUUUGUCCAAUCUGUUAAAAAAGCCAACCCACUUUUUAGAGGUUCUUCACAACAGGACGCGCAUGAGUUUUUACGUUGUAUACUAAAUCUUCUACACGAAGAAACUAAACUGCUAAUAAGCGGUUUUAGCCUAGAUGAUGGAAAAUCAAGUAUUGAUACGAAUCGUGGUAUAAGUGUAAAGCGAACCGCUACGGAAACUGAUAAAUUACCUAAUCCAGACAACCGCUUAGUAAUCGCUAUUAACAAGACGUGUAAAGACGAUACUAAUUCCAAUAAGUCGAAUGAUACAAAUGUGGUUCAAAAGUGUAAGGAUCUUAUUGAAGAAGAUUACGUUGAAGUGGUGCUUUCGGAGAUUGAAAGUGAAAGCUCUGCAUCCACUGGAGAAAAAUUCUUACAAGACGAGGCUAAAAAGGAGAAUGCGAAAGAUCCUCAGGAUGAACUUAAUAUGGAAGAAAUAAAUAAACUUACAAAUACAGAAAAAGAAAAGACAAAGAAAGUCACUAAAGUCACCGUGCCUUCAGAUCUUCCUCGUCCAACUCCCGGAAAACGUGAAUUGAGUACGGUGAUUGGUAAUCAAUCUUAUAAUCCUUGUGCUGCGUUAGCAAUUACUGCAGGAGAAGAAGAAAGAAGAGGGAUGGUGGAAGCCAUAUGGGAUUGGUUUAAAGGCUGGAUUUGGGGAUCGGUACCUUUGGAAGAUUGUUUAUCGACUUUUUUUGAAGAAGAUGAAUUAAAAGGUGAUAAUAUGUACAAUUGCGAAAAAUGUAAGAAAUUACGAAACGGCAUUAAAUAUUCGAAGAUCACCCACCUGCCAGAAAUAUUAUGCUUACAUCUAAAAAGAUUUAAGCAUGAUUCUUAUUCUACGUCUAAAAUAAAUUGUUCUGUAAACUUUCCAUUAACUGGAUUGGAAAUGAAAUCCUUUUUAAAUACUGGCCAUAAAAUUCAGUCAACCACUUACGAUUUAGUUGCCAUAAUCUCUCAUCAUGGAGCGGCCGGAGGAGGGCAUUACGUUUGCUAUGCUUUAAAUUGUAUUAACCAUCGGUGGUAUGAAUAUGACGAUAUAAAUGUUACUGAAGUUGCCGAUGAAUUUGUCUUAAGUGUGGAAGCGUAUGUUCUAUUCUAUCGUAAAUCGUCGACACCAAUGCUCCAGAAAGAUAGAUCUAAGAUUGCUGCACGUAAUCGUUUGCAAGAGUCGAGCACCGAUUUCGUAUACAUCUCGAAGCAAUGGUAUCAGGUGUUUUUAUCUUGUUCAGAGCCAGGUCCUAUUACGAAUACAGAUUUACUGUGUCCGCAUGGAGCUGCUUAUUGUGCGAACCCUAAAUUUGAUGUCAACGAUUUUGCGGUAAAGGUGCCCUUGCUGGUUUGGAAUGAACUCCGUAAUAAAUAUGGGGGUGGUCCUAAGAUACAAGCGUCGAUGGUUGAAACUUGUCAAAAGUGUCAGGAAAUAUAUCAAACAAGAGAAGAAAAACGAAAAAAAGAAAAUGAAUACUUUAUGAAAUUAAAGGCUGCAAGUGAAAGGGAUACUGCUAGGGAAGUUUCAUAUUGCAUUAGUUAUCAGUGGUUCCGUAAAUGGCAAGGGUUUGUCAGAUGUGAAACUUUAGAGCCUCCAGGUCCUAUAUCCAACGAAACUAUAGUCACUUUAACGAGUGAUGGCAAGAUACAAUUGCGUACUGAAUAUCAUCUAACUGUUAUUUUACUUCAAGGUGCUGAUUACGGUUAUGUUUCUAAAGAAGCAUGGCUUUAUCUUUACGGUAGAUAUGGAGGAGGACCGGAAAUUCCUCAGGAUUGUGUAUAA